GAAAUGACAGAAGGAAACCAUUCCACAGUCACUGAGUUCAUCCUCGCUGGGGUCUCAGAACAGCCAGAGCUCCAGCUGCCCCUCCUUCUUCUCUUCCUGGGAAUCUACAUGCUCACAGCAGUGGGGAACCUGGGCAUGAUCACCCUGAUUGGUCUCAGUUCUCACCUGCACACCCCCAUGUACUAUUUCCUUAGCAGUCUGUCCUUCAUUGACCUCUGCCACUCCACUGUCAUCACACCCAAAAUGCUGGUCAACUUUGUGACAGAAAAGAACAUCAUCUCCUAUCCUGAGUGCAUGAUUCAAUUCUUCUUCUUUUUGGUUUUUGCUAUCUCAGAGUGUCACAUGUUGGCUGCCAUGGCAUAUGACCGCUAUGUUGCCAUCUGUAAGCCCUUGCUUUACCAUGCUACCAUGUCUGCCCAAGUCUGUUGGUGGAUGGUAGCUGGGGUGUACACCAUGGGUUUGGUUGGUGCCACAGCUCACACAGUCUGCAUGCUAAGAGUGCUUUUCUGUAAGGAGGAUGUAAUAAAUCAUUUCUUCUGUGACCUUUUUCCACUACUGGAGCUCUCGUGCUCCAGUACUUUAAUCAAUGAGGUGGUAGCACUGUGCUUCAGUGCUUUUAAUAUUUUUUUCCCAACUCUCACUAUCCUUACUUCCUACAUCUUCAUCAUAGCCAGCAUCCUCCGCAUCCGCUCCACUGUGGGCAGGUCCAAAGCCUUCAGCACCUGCAGCUCCCACAUCUCGGCUGUGGCUAUUUUCUUUGGCUCUCUAUCAUUCAUGUACCUGCAGCCUUCAUCAGUAACCUCCAUGGACCAACGGAAAGUGUCUUCUGUGUUUUAUACUACAGUUGUGCCCAUGCUGAACCCCCUGAUAUACAGCCUGAAGAAUAGGGAUGUGAAGGUUGCCCUAAAGAAUUUAUUUCAAAACAGAAAAUUCUUGUGA